AUGAAUGAAAGAUAUUUCAUUUCAUUUAAUAAGAAGAAGACAACAUCUGAUAUCAGUACUACUUGUUCUUUCUACUAUCAACCAAAAAUAACUUUAACCAACAACAACAACAAUAGAUUGUCGUCAUUAUUUAUAAAUAGUCAUAAACAAGAAUACACAUUUAAAUAUAGUACUUCUACAACAAAUCAUAAACAUCAUCAAAGAUCAUGUUGGUCAUGCAAGAUGAAUGUUGAACCAAAAGAAUUCUUUUGUUCAAUAUGUAAUGUUGUACAAGCUCCACAUCAAAGAAUUAAUCCAUUUGAUAUAUUUUCAAUUAAGCCAGAAUAUAAUGUUGAUUUAAAAGAUAUAUCAAAUAGAUUUAAACAAUUACAAAAGAAAUUACAUCCUGAUCUUUUCCAAACUCUAUCAAAAAAGGAACAAGAUUUAUCAAAAGAUCAAGCAACUGCAUUAAAUGGAGCAUAUAAUAUACUUAGAUCACCAUUUCUUCGUGCCGAGUUUAUGUUGAAUGACAAGGGACUUGACCUUGAAAAUGUUAGUGACGUUGAUCCAGAAGUAUUGAUGGAGAUUUUGGAAAUUAGAGAAGAGAUUGAAGCUGCCGAGGAAAAUGAAGAUGCAAUCAAAGAAAUUGCCCAUACCAACAGACAAAAGAUGAAUCAAGUUGAAAAGAAACUAGAUCAAUUAUUUAAAGAAAAUAAUUAUGAUGAAGCUCUAAAUCAAGCUGUCUAUUUACGUUAUCUUACUCGUAUUCAAGAAGAAGUUCAUAAAAAACUUGGUUUUCAUGUCUAA